GUUAGAAAAUACGGCACAGUUAUUUUCCAAAGAUCAAUGGCGUAAGAUAGGAGAAGAAUUGUGGGAGAGCGUUCAGACAGAGCAUAAAGGGGCGAAGGAAUUAACACGCACUUACCGCUCCAUUAAGCUCAUGAUUGAUCAAAUGCAUGCAGAGGCGGAAAUCGCAGCUGCGUCGAAGGGUGCCUUGAGUGAGAGUACGAAAAACUCGGACUUGGGGGAAACGGACUUAAUCGAGUGGGGCCCCCUCCCUGAUCCAGUGCCCCCCCGUACCUCCCCUGAAAAAACAAAAAUUGCUGCACCAGUGCAUAAGAAGGGGGAGUUUGAUGACUUAAUUAUCCCCUGGGACCCCUCAGAUGAGUUGCCCACGCAACCAUCUGCACCCCCUGAGCCAGAACCUAUGGAGGUACUGCCCGAAAAUGUACCCUUGCCGUCUGAGAAUGAUGACGAACUACAAAAAGAAUCGCCUUAUGCUGAACUUGUGAAAGAACUAAGGCAACAGCGCCACCAAAUGGCAAGGUUAAUGAUAGCUGUGAAAAAUUUAGACAAGGAUGGUGAUACGGGUAAAAAGAAAGAAAUGUAUAAAAAAGCCAUGGAGGCAAUUAAAGAAGGAAUCAAGAAUAUUGAAAGACAGUUGGACCAAAAGGAGAAAUUAGACGCCGGGGGACGAGAAGGGAUCGAGAGGGCAAAGGGGUAUAUCCCUAAAAGAGUAAACGAAUAUAUCCCUACAGAUCAUUCUUUUGACAUGGGGCGGAGAUGGAAAGGAGUUAUCACACAAGCUAAUUUGAAUGGGGAGGUUACUUUAGAACCAUUAAUAUCUGCUCCAGUACGGGUUACACAGAAUGGAGCAGAAUGGACACCUUUAGACUGGAAUUUGGUCUCAAAAUUACAACAAAGUGUUAUGGCCUACGGAGCCACUAAUUCGGCUGUACGAAGACAGAUGACAGCCUUUAUGAAAUACCAGGAGCUUGUUCCUGCCGAUAUUAGAUUGCUUAUGGAAACUCUCCUAGGGGCUACGGCUUUUACAAUGUUUCUGGUAAAGUGGCAGGAACGCUUAGAGCUAAAACAACUAGAGUUUAAGGCUGAAGACUCCAACCUGCUCGAGAUUAAGGCUGGAGAUGCCAACCUGCUCAAGAUUAAGACUGGAGACUCCAACCUACUAGAAUUUAAGGCUGAAGAUGCCAACCUACUACAGACAGCAACAGAGACAGAGGUUAAUGAGGUGCUGAGGAGUACAAGCCCUGAGAAAAAUGAAGCAUUAGAAGCCCAGCAACAGAUGUCCUUGUUUCAGAACCGUAUCAGAGAGCAAAAUGCACAUUUGGAGAUGCUGCGUGAGAAAGCACAUGACCUGGAAGUACAGCUUGAGUCUUCUCAAAAGAAUGCCAAAGAUAAAGAAAAUACAUUUGCCCAAAUGGAAGAGAAUAUGGAAGAUACAAUUCAACAGCUAUGCGAAAGCACGGAAGAAAAAGAACAAGAUGUUAAAAGUCUCCAAGAUCUAGUGGCAUCAGAAAGGUUGUCUGUAUUACAAUGUGCCCUUUCUGUCCGGGACUCAGAAAUAAGAGAAUUGAAAAAUGAAAUAGCUUUAUGCAAAAUGAAAGAACAACAACAUGUUGAAGAACUGACAAUCAGCCAUGAGAAGGAUAUUUGCAGACAGUUGGAGAACUUGAGGGCUGAGCUGGAGAAGUGCCACAGAAGGGAAAUUGCAGAAGCCAGGCAGGUAUAUGAAGAAGAAAUGGUUUUGAAAUAUAAGAAUGAACUUGAAGAGCUAAAAAGAGAGCUCUGUGCUCUGAAUUCUGAAGAGCAUGUUCAGACUUUGAAUGGCAUAAUAAUUGACUUAAAUAAGAGUCUUCAUGAGUCUGAAGUUAAUAAAGAAUCUUUGAGGAAGAGACUUGAGAACCAACAGGAAGACUUUGAGAGAGAAAAAUCUGAAAUUGAAACUAAAUACAAGGGUUUGAUUGAUGGGCUUAAGUUGCAACUUUCUGAUGCAGAAGAGCAGCUCAAGGAAGCUGAGCAAUAUAAACAAGUAAAACAGUCCUCGCGUGGAAAGAUUCAGAAACUGAAUUCUCUCGUCAAGGAAUUAAAUGAGAAGCAACUUUAUGAGGCUAAAGCCACUACAGGUGUAAGGCAAAAGCCUGAUGAAGACAAUGUCUCCAAUAAAAAGGUAAUGACUUUGAGGGAAAACCAGAUUUUACCAGAGAUGAGAGCAGAAUUUGAUGCGAUGUGGAAUGAGCCACACCAGUUGACAGGUGAAGAUGAGCUAGUUCAUGAAGAACUAGAGUUCCAGUAUGGCUUUGGAGUAGGCUCCUCAAGGGAUCCAUUAGCAGAAAUCAAGAAUUCAGAGGUCACAGAGAAUAAUGAAAACGGUGAAGGUGAUGACUCUCUUAAAGUAAUUGAGACAAAAAUUGAGCAACAACAGGUUUAUAGAUAUGACCCUGAAUAUCCAGUUAUGGUUUUGGUUUAUGGAUCACAGCAAUACAGAUCUGCUAUUAUAGCGCAACAAAUUGAAAAACACUUAGCGAUCCUAGAAUGGGUUUUCCCAUCGUAUCAGCCUUCUGCAUCUGUUACCAUGCUCCAGGAUUAUAUUGGGUCCCUAUUGUUAAAAGCCAAAGAACGUGUCAGGUUGGUGUUUGGUGUUGAUCCUUCUGUAUUUGUACUACCUUGGAAAACUACUGAUUUAAUCCAAGAAUGGUCAUUAUGUUCUAUGACCUUUGCUCUUGCAGUUAAUGGGGUACAAUUGUCAACACAUUAUCCCUCUUAUCCGCUGUUUCAAACAACCUCUAUUAUAAUGAGAGGGCCUAUUGUGAAACAAAAACCUAUAUCAAAUGCACUUACUGUAUUCACUGAUGCCAGUGGACGUACUGGGAAAUAUGGCUUCGCAUGGCAAGACAAUCAAAAUUGGAAACUAAAGAUAUGGACUGACACAGGAAAAUCAGUGCAAAUCUUAGAACUACAAGCCAUUGUUGAAACCUUAAAUUGGUUUUCCUCACAAGCUUUAAAUAUUGUAUCCGGUUCAGCAUAUGCAGUCAGUGUAGUCAAUCGUAUUGACUGUGCAAAAAUAGGUAAAAUUGGAACAUUGGAAAUUGAAGAAUUGGUAAUUCGCCUAAAGGGUAUAAUUCAAGAACGUAAGGAGCCCAUCUGGUGCUGCCACAUGCGAAGUCAUACCAACUUACCUGGUAUCUUUUCCCAGGGUAAUGCUGUAAUUGACCGAGCGGUUGCAGGACCAGUCGUGCUACGGAACUUUGAAGCGGCUCGUCAGUCACAUGAGUUUUUUCAUCAAUCCUCAAGAGGUCUACAGCAGGAAUUUGGACUAUCUAGGUCUCAGGCUCGAAAUAUUGUCGCAGCCUGCCCUGAUUGCGCCCGUAUUGCUCCAUUACAACAACAUGGAGUUAACCCGCGAGGCUUAGGCCCAAGAAAAGUAUGGCAGACUGAUGUUACAGAAUACCCCCCUUUUGGUCGACUGAAAUAUUUACAUGUCUCAGUUGAUACUCAUAGUCAUGCAGUAUGGGCCUCAGCACUAACUACAACAGCCUUUAAAGCAGUGAAACAACACUGGUUACAGGCUUUUGCUGUCCUAGGGGUUCCUGAAAUGAUAAAGACAGACAAUGCGCCAAGUUAUGUAGGACACUGGAGUGAACAAUUUCUAAAGCAAUGGGGUGUUAAACAUGUUACAGGCAUACCUUACAAUACUACUGGCCAGGGCAUUGUCGAAAGACGACAUCAGGAUAUUAAACGCUUGCUUGGCGCUUUGAAAAAAGAGGGGGAGAUAACCCUCUCGCCACACGAUAUGUUAGCUAAAGCAUGUUAUGUUUUAAAUUGGAAAAAUCUUGUUUCAACCAAUGAUAAGCAAACUGUUAUUCCGAUACAUUUGCACUAUACUUCACAAAAUUCUGUUUUAAAAAUGCCUGUCCGUACUUGGGACCCUAAAAAAGGGGCCUGGGGAACAGAAAAAGAAACUUUAUUCACCUGGGGACGGGGAUAUGCUUGUGUCUCUACAGGUGAUGACCCACCUUGAUGGGUCCCAGCUAAAUGGGUAAAACCGUGGCUGGAAAAGAAGGGAGAUUCUGAGGAAACGAGAGGACAGCAGACGGUGUCUUAAUAAACUAUUUGUGGAAUCUAGCUAGGGAACUUUUGGAAGAAAAACGAAAUGAAGAUAUUAGGUCUGGCAGCACCUGUGGUUCUGAUGGAACAGGGAAGUAUGAUGUCA